AUGUCAUCAGCCAUGCCAUCAGCCAUCGCAUCGUUGCUCAUCACUGCCAUCGGUGUCGUCGACGAGUCGGCCAACGGAUCAGACGGGCACGGCUUCGGCGCCCACAUCACGUCCCAAGAUGGACGUGGUUCGCCGACUUUGAGUCACCGGAAGGCGGCGUUAGAGGAGAUCAAACGGGCGGCGCACGUGUGUAACGCGAAUCUACAUCACAUUCAGUUCCAGAAACUGGACUUCGAGGAGAUCUCAGUGGUGGACACGUUCUACAACGCGGAUGUGGCCAUCGUUGACAUCUCCAUUCAAGAGCAACAGAACUCACUCUUCUAUCGGUUGGGAAAUCGGGAGUCGUUUGGAAUGAGACAAAACAUACUGCUCUUCAACGACAGCGCGGCCGAUGUGGUCAUCCCUAUUAAACUUCCCUCUUAUAACUACACAAUCGUCACCUAUAGGUUGUCCGACGAUAAGCACUGCUAUGUGACCGAACCCACCGUCGCUCGACUGGUGGCCAAUUCGGACGAUACGGCCAUUCAAAGCCCCCUCUCAUCCGAAACUAAGACUCCGCUUCACAUUCGGCUCAAGAAGUUAUUACUUGAAGUGGAGGUCCAAACCAAGACUCAUAUGAAGGAAAAGUUUUUAUCGGAUUUACGCAAAGCUCGCGAAUCAUUGAGUGGCGAAGCGUUGGCCACAACUUUGAAGAAUAUGAGGAAACGAAUGGAACACGAUUUGGACCCCAAUCUGGUGUCGGCAGACAUUGUCCACAAUAUGUUGAUAUCGUUUCGUGAGAUCCAAGACUAUGACGCUAUGAUUCAAAUGAUUGACGAUUUGGAGUCUAUACCGAACUCGGCUUUCACUUACACGCCGGCCAUUCGGCACUUGUAUGCCUUUGCGCUCAAUCGUCGCAAACGUGUCGGCGAUCGAGAGAAGGCCCUCGAAGUGGUCACCACUGCUCUACAGAAAGAGGAAAACAAUUUCCCGGAUAUGAUAUGUUUGGCCGGAAGGAUAUAUAAAGACAUUUUCGUGGAGUCGUCCUAUACUGACGUCGAGAGUCUCGCGAACGCAAUCAAUUGGUACCGAAAGGGCUUCGAUGUGCAGCCCAAUGAAUACGCGGGCAUUAAUUUGGCCACUCUUUUGGUGAUCAAAGGCGAAGAGUUUUCGAAAUGUGUAGAAUUACAACACAUCGCUUCCGUUCUGAAUAUAUUGAUUGGACGAAAGGGUAGUUUGGGGUCAAUCCAGGACUACUGGGAUGUGGCCACUUUCUUCGAGAUCAGUGUUCUCGCCGCCAACUACUCGAAGGCCAUUCAAGCGGCCGAAUGUAUGUUUAACCUCAAACCUCCCAAAUGGUACCUAAAGUCGACGGUCGGUAACAUUCGACUCAUCAAUCACUACAAACGCAAACCAGAAGACGCUUUGUUGACACCGGAAGAAGAGAUCUUCCAGUUUUGGAUGGAGUACUUUAUCGAUGCCAUCACUGAUGAUGUCUCGAAUGUGAUUCGCUUUCCGAUGAUUGUGUUGGAAACGGACAAAACUUUGAUGCCUUCAUACGUUACCGUCAAUAUGAAUGGCGCCGACGGAAAGUCACUCCAAAUAAACAACAUUUGUAUCAAUUGUAUUAAAGACAAAGACAACUGCAAACGACCGCAUACUUGGCUUUUCAAUGUCUCUGAAAUAAGAGGCGUCAGUCUAUUCAAAGCGGACGCGAGGUGUCUAUUCCUUUACGUUCAUCACAAUUGCGAUGAUUUUCAGAUGUUUUUCCCUUCAGAACAACUUCGCAAAACAUUUUAUGAUCUCAUUAUUGAAAUGACAGCUGACGAGGAAGGAGUUACUGAUCUCGACUCUAUUGCAGACACCGGACCCAUUCAGGUGCCCAUUGGAAAAGGCACUUAUGGCGUGGUUUUUGCCGCCAGAGAUCUCCGAACACAAGUGACAAUUGCUGUCAAAGAGAUACCAAUCAAAAACAUCGGUGAAGUACAACCGCUUCACGAAGAGAUUCGCCUUCACUCACAGUUGCGCCACAAGAAUAUUGUCAUAUAUUUGGGAUCCGUUUGCGAAGGCGACACAUUCAAGAUUUUAAUGGAAAGGGUUCCCGGGGGUAGUCUUUCCCAGCUAUUGAGGUCUAAAUGGGGUCCUCUUAAAGACAGCGAACCGACCAUUUCUUUUUACACGAGACAAAUACUGGAAGGUUUGAAGUAUUUACACGACCAGAAGAUAGUGCACCGCGACAUCAAAGGCGACAACGUUUUAGUUAACACUUACACCGGAAUACUCAAGAUAUCAGACUUCGGUACUUCCAAACGGUUGGCCGGUAUUAAUCCGCACACCGAGACCUUCACCGGCACUUUCCAAUACAUGGCACCCGAAGUCAUAGAUCAGGGCCAGAGAGGUUAUGGCGCGCCCGCAGACAUCUGGUCUCUCGGCUGCACUAUUGUGGAGAUGGCCACUGGAAAGACGCCAUUCAUUGAAUUGGGUUCGGGUCAAGAGAUUAUAUUCAAAGUUGGCUUCUACAAAGAGCACCCGCAGAUUCCGUCCUCUAUGUCCGAAAAGGCACAGAAAUUUAUCCUCCGGUGCUUUAUUCCCGACCCCUUCCAGAGGGCGACCGCCAAACAACUACUCGACGAUAUAUUUCUCGACACCGGAUCCCAUCGCAAGAAGAAGACAACGCCGUCUCCAUCGCCGUUGACUGUGAGCCCUACGCGCGGGUCUCUCAUAACGGACUUUAAUCGGUCGAUAUCAGUGCCGAUUGACCCCCAAUGCAAAACCGAACGUUUCGAGGGAAGAGUCGCUCGCUUCUCGAGCACUGGUGACGACGGUGCACCCAAUUUGCAUCUCAAUAUAACUCGGCGUUGUGCCAGUCCUUACGAGUCAAGCCCUCAUUCACCCGCUAUGUAUUCUCAGAGCUCAGAAGACGCUCCUUAUGCCCGGCGCUCAAGUGGUGUUAUGCUGUCUCCUCCUGUGGAAGGAGUGCCCACAUUGGGUACUAUAGGAGAGUCAGAACAGGAGGGCUUCUUCCUCCUUAAGAAAGACUCGCAAAGAAGGGCGACAUUAGUACAGGUGAUCACUGACGACGCACAGGCCAUAUGCGAGCUCUGGUUUCAUUUGCUGCAGCAAACAGUGCAGGAUUUAGUGCUCACACAAAGCCAUUUGCAGCGCAUACUACUGCCCGGUCUCCGGGAUUUCAUACCUCAGACAAAGAGAGCGCAUAUCGAGAAAGCGAUCGCUUCUCUCAAAGAAGAGCUUGACUUCGACGGCGCGGCUAUAAAUCAGAUUCAAUUAGCGCUCCUUAGCUUUCAGGAAGCGGUGAAUUUAGUGCUCAGAAACCACAGUAUUAAACCCCAUUGGAUGUUCGCAUUGGACAGUCUGAUCAGGUCUGCAGUUCAGGCGGCCAUUACUGUUCUCUCGCCAGAACUCGGAGAGAAUAUCGCCGGCGGAGAGCUUCGCGACGAAGUGGAGCCCAUUGUUGACAUGGAUCAGGACAGGGAAUCCACUUCUGGUGUCUCCACUAUCAAUUCAACCAAAUCUGUAGUAUUACGACCCCUUAUCAAUGUUGUCCCAUCGGACGACCAAUUGAUCCAUCAGUUGCAGCAAAAGAGCGAACAACUCAGGAGUGAAAACCUCCGUCUCUUUCAGGAAUUGAUUGAGACUCAGGAAACACUACAAGAGAUGAUUAAAAGCACACUAAAUGAAACUAAAGUGCAAAUUAAUUUAGUUCAACAGCAACAGCAAAGUCUGCCAAACAGUCCAAUGGCGAGCACCACAUCUACUUUCACCUCUUCUCAUAACAAUAAGAAUAUACAGAAUAGUGUGGACACGAAUCGCAUUCCCGACAAAGACUUGAUUUCAUUUCUCAAAGAUUUGAAAAUAGAUGACGAAUCCAUUUGCAAAUUCGUUAGCGAAGAUUACACUCUAAAGGAAGUCCUGUCGCUAAUCACUCGUCAGGAUUUAAGGCGCCUUAACCUUAAAGGAGGCGUUGAAUUGAGAAUAUGGAGGGCUAUUGAAGAGCAUAAAAAUCGUAAACCAUUGCAAUUGGAUGUCAUAGAAGAGGAUUAACUAAUAUAUUACAUAAUGAUUUUGUAUUAUUUUAAUGAGAUUUACAAUAUUUUACUUUAACUUUGAGUGCCUUAUGGUUAGAACUGUGUGGCCAUCAAUCAUGCCUUUUAUGCUCAAAAUAACGGUUUUAACUCUAUAUUCAAUUUACUGAAUAUCCAAUUGACGUCAUUUUAAUUUAGAUGAAUAGUUUGUGAUUUAGUGAAACAAUUAACUUAAACAAUAUAUUAUGCAUGCAAUUGAAAGGGACGUAAAAUUCGGUAUUAAUGGUAUAAUUGUUUAAAGAGUUGUGCGAAGAGAUUGAAAUCAUAAUGUAAUCAAUUAUUGUGUGCAACGCUCACAACUACUUAUUAAUUAAUAUUCAAUAUUUUAACUUUUAUCAAAUCAAUAACAAAUUGCAGC